GAGAAGCCGUUUGCGUCCGCUUUCCCACCUUCCUCUUCAUCCAAAAGGGCAAUAUUUCAUCUCUCUCUCCUGCCUUCGAUUCGAUUCGAUUCGAUUCCGAGAUCGAGAGGAAGGUCAGGAAGGGAAGGCGGAGGGCACGAGAUCGGAUGGAGGAAGAGGAGGAAGAGAGGCCGGAGUAAGGUGAGAGCCGACCGUCGACUAUCUCAUGCCCUUGCGUCGAUCCUCACUGUGCGAUGGACGAGACGCCCGGUUCCGUUAGUUUAUUCCUGAGAUUAGGUCAGGCGAUCUUCUCCUCCGCUGCCCUACUCCUCAUGUCCGUCGGCGUCGAGUUCUUCAGUUACACCGCUUUCUGCUUUCUAGUCACGAUCAUGGGAUUGGUAAUUCCUUGGAGCUGCACACUAGCAAUGUUCAACAUCUACUCAGCUAUUUUUCCUCGCUCUCUACGACAUCCUGGCCUGAUAGUGAUUGUUGCCAUUGGAGAUAUGGUUUUGUCCAUCCUCUCCCUGGCUGCAGCUUCUGCAUCGGCUGGUGUUGUAGAUCUCCUCCUCCACCUCGAUGGGACUCACUGCCCUCCAAAAUUUUGCGGUCGGUACCAGUUAUCUACCACGAUGGCAUUCUUUGCUUGGUUUCUAACUGCUGCAUCAUCUCUUUUGAAUUUGCGGCUCGUUGCUUCUGGGUGAUAUUAUUUGGUAAAUCAUAAAUUGUAUUUGUCGAACUCAGAGACUAUUAGAUUCCCUUGAUAGAUUUUCUUUCGUGUAAAAGUUCCUAUGAAUCGAUUCAUUCCAUCUCAAGAUACCAUGAACAUCUUUCAUUUUUCUUAA